AAAUGUCUUCUUCCAGACUGGGGCUCCGUUUGGCUGCCUGUUUACUAAAUAUUUCAGAAGCCAGAAGAAAACACAUUGUUGAGAACAUAGCAAAAGCAGCUCUUCUUGGAAAAAAUGGGCAGAAACAUCCUGAAGUAUCAGUGCUUAAUAUAUUUUCUGAUCAAGACUACAACAGAUCAGUUAUUACAAUCGCAGCUUCUGUUGAACAGCUAGGCAAUUCUGUUCUGGCUGCCUGCUUGGAAGCCUUCCAGGCUAUUGAUAUGGGUGUUCAAGAGGGGGUCCACCCUUGUCUGGGAGCAGUGGACCUGAUCCCCAUCUACCCUCUCUCUGGUGUCAGAGUGGAAGAGUGUGGAUCCAUGGCCAGAAGCCUUGCUGAGAUGCUGGUUCUUCAGGUUCCUGGCAGCAGUGUGUUUUUCUUUGGUGAGGCUGACCUGCCUGACAAGCACUGUCUUGUGCAGAGAAGAAGGGAACUGGGCUAAUAUACAAGGAGGGAUUUCCGUGCUCUGGAGUCAGACUUGGGAGCUACACCUACCCAGAGAUGUGGCUUAACAGGCAUCGGUGCCAGCCCGUAUGUGAUGAACUGCAACGUUACUAUAGACUCUCAAGACUGGACUCUGGGAAAGGAGAUUGCAGGUGACAUUCGAGGCUCAAGUGUGAGUGGACUAAAGGGUGUCCAGGCCAUGGCUUUUCCCCAUGAAGGAAAAAUUGAGAUAGCUUUUGGAGACCAAGAAAUUACAGGAGACUCUCAGUACAUGGUUUACAGUGUCCUUGGGGAUCAUUUUUCUUAUGUUUCCCCCCUUUACCUAGAAACUCAAGUUAAAAAGUUGGCAAGUGAUAGGGAGGUUAAUACCAUAGGGAGAGCACUGAUUGGGUUCACACCCCAAGAGUGCCGGGAGUGUGCAGAAUAUGCUAUACAGGAAAAUAUUGGAGAAUUUUGGAAGAGAUGGGAAGGUGUUUUCAUGUGAUCUAAGAAUUUAUGAAAAAUAUCAAUCACUGUAAAAUGUUCUUUUGGUCACUGAAGAUAUACAGAGUUAAUUCAUGUAUGGGAAAAUUGAAAACAUGCUGUGCUCAGUAACAACAAAUGUCUGUGAUUUCUCUAGUCAAGAAACAAGAAUCUAGUCUGCUUUGAACUUAUACAUUAGAAGCCACCUUGAGCCAGCUGGGUAAAAUGGCCAUGCUUGUGAAACCACCUGUAAUUAUCGUGAAUGAAUAAAACAUGGAACCAA